GUUGGAGAUCGCUCGCGUGAGGCUGGCCAUCGGCGUCGGCAUUACCAUCCGCGGAACGCCGCUAGAGCGACGGCGCAUCCCGCUGUCGCAUGAGCAUGAGCUUGGCUUAGGCCAGGCAAGCUCCGCGAUGCGCGUCCAUCACCAAAAGAGCUUCCCAUACCACCAAUACACACCAUAUACCAAGGAUUGUGAGGCAAGAUGUUCCGCAACAACUACGAUAACGACUCCGUCACCUUCUCCCCUCAAGGUCGCAUCUUUCAAGUCGAAUACGCACAAGAAGCCGUCAAACAGGGCUCCGUAGUCGUGGGAAUAGUGAGCAAGACUCAUGCCGUCCUUACAGCGCUAAAGCGCCAAGCAGAAGAGCUCUCGUCCUACCAAGAAAAGAUCCUCCCUAUCGAUUCCCAUUACGGCCUCGCCCUCGCCGGUCUCGCCUCCGACGCCCGUGUCCUCUCCAACUUCAUGAAGCAGCAAUCCCUCGCCUCGCGCCUGACGUACGACCGUCCCAUCCUACUGUCAGACAUCACCUCGCGCAUUGGCGAUCGCGCGCAGACGAACACGCAACAAUACGGCAAACGACCUUACGGCGUCGGACUGCUAAUCGCCGGCACGGACGCAAAGGGCACUCACCUUUUCGAGUUCCAACCCAGCGGCGUCACGAGCGAGAUGGUAGCUGAUGCCAUCGGAGCGCGGAGUCAAAUGGCCCGGACGUAUUUGGAGCGGCAUUUGGAAAGCUUUGAGCAGUGUGGCCGAGAUGAGUUGAUCAGACAUGCGCUGAGGGCGUUGAAGGAUACGUUGGGUCAGGAUCGGGAGCUGACGGUGGAAAAUGUGAGUUUAGGGGUUGGAGGGGUGGGGGAGGAUUUCCGGGUGGUUGAGGGGCAGGAAGUUGCCCCGUUUUUGGAGGGUUUGUCGGAGAAUAGGGCGGAGAGUGGUGAAGGUGCUGGUGGCGAGAGUAUGGAAGUGGAUUCGUGAGGAAG